AUGGCCCGGCUCCCGGCGAAAUUUUUUUAUUCUUCAAAGUUUCGGUUUUUUUAUUCCCAUUCUCUCUUUCCCACAAUGUCUACACAGAAAAAAGGAGGUUCCAUCACAGACUUGGUUGCGGGUGGUGUUGCAGGCUUGUUUGAGGCGUUAUGCUGCCACCCAUUGGACACCGUGAAGGUGAGAAUGCAAUUGUACAGAAAGUCGGGUAAAAAGCCGCCAGGAUUCAUCAGAACUGGUAUCAACAUUGUGCAAAAAGAGACGUUCUUGUCGUUAUACAAGGGUUUGGGUGCUGUUGUGUUGGGCAUUGUUCCUAAGAUGGGAAUCAGAUUCCAGUCAUAUGAGUUUUACCGUUCGCUUUUGAGAGACGAAAAAGGAAAUAUCACUACAGGAAGCACUUUUGCAGCCGGUGUCGGUGCUGGUGUCACUGAGGCCGUGUUGGUUGUGAAUCCCAUGGAAGUGGUCAAAAUCAGAUUGCAGGCUCAACACCACUCAAUGGCUGAUCCAUUAGACGUUCCAAAGUACAGAAAUGCGCUCCACGCUGCUUACUUGAUUUGCAAAGAAGAAGGUUUCAGCACCUUGUACCGUGGUGUUUCCUUGACUGCAGCUAGACAAGCUUCCAACCAAGGUGUCAACUUUACAGUCUACUCUAAAUUGAAGGAGUACUUGCAAGACAGACAACAGCAGGAUGUUUUGCCCUCAUGGCAGACUUCGUUGAUUGGAUUGUUUUCCGGUGCCUUGGGUCCUUUGUCCAACGCACCUUUGGACACAAUCAAAACCAGAUUACAGAAAAGCUCCUAUGCAUCCAACGAGUCGGGAUGGGUGAGAAUUGCCAAGAUUGGUAAGCAAUUGAUCAAAGAAGAAGGUGUGGCCGCUUUGUACAAGGGUAUCACACCUAGAAUCAUGAGAGUUGCUCCAGGUCAGGCAGUCACAUUCACCGUGUACGAAUUCAUGAAGGGCGUUUUGAACGGAACCUCUGCGCCUGCCAAAAAGCUCGAAUCGUAG